ACAUUUAAGGUACGUGUUAGUUCAUUUAUAUCUCAUUUAUACUCUGAAGGCGAAUGCUUGUCUAAGCUGUUAAAAGUAAAGUGUAUAAAAUGGAUUUAAUGAUCACAUUUGUCUUGCUGGGUUUAUUGCUGGGAGCCAUCGAGGCUCAGGACAUGAGUCUAGAUCAGUUGCAAGUGCAAUUACAAUCUCAGAGGGACCUGGAAGAAAAACUAGUUUGGCUUCAAUUAAAACUGUCUGAGGAUCUGUACAAAGAUAAGCUGAUAAAAUCGUUAAAGGAAGCGAACGAGUUGCUAGUAAAUAAAAACUGCACAAACGAAAGGUGCAAUGAAUCUGAACUGAACCUUCAACAUCAAAUAGCCCAACUACAGAGCACCGCAGAAAUCCUUAAAAUAAUGGUUGACAAUAAUAAUAAUAAUCAACCAUCACCAUCGAACAUUAUUGAAAACCAGCUACAGCUGUGUCGGUCUCAGCUGAUGAAGCCAUCUGCAAAUCCUAUUGGAGAAACUACCCCAAGAAUUGAGAUAGCGAAACCCACCAGCUGUAUUCCGUUCGGCUAUUAUACAGGCAUUAAAACACUUCACCUUCCCGGUAUAAGUCCUUUUCGCGUAAUGUGCGAUGGUCAAACUGCAGGACCUGGCUGGACUCUCAUUCAACGAAGAAUCGAUGGUUCAGAGGAUUUUUAUAGAAAUUGGGCUGAUUACCGUAACGGUUUCGGCAAUAUGGAUAAAGAGUUUUUCCUAGGUCUAGAAAAUAUUUAUCACUUGACCAAUUAUCAGCGCUACGAGCUGUAUACUUUCAUAGAGGCAUUUAAUGGCAGUAUCCACUGGGCUCGGCAUAAUAAUUUUUAUAUUGGUAGCGAAGUCGAAAAAUACAAACUGAAAAGUCUGGGUGAAGUGAAUGGCACUACAAACAUGUUGAGUAAACAUUUGAAUUUUGAAUUUUCAACCUACGACCGGAACAGUUUUGAGAACAUGUCGUAUGUAAAUCAUGGUGGCUUUUGGUAUACGGAGAAAUAUCAAGGAUGCAAUCCUAAUGGGCGAUAUUAUAAAACUGCUGUUAACAGAACAGACGACUUGCAUUGGCAAGAUUCUUCUUCGAAUAAAGCAAUAAGAAUGCUUAUUCGCCCUUAUAUGGGUUAAGAAUACAAUACAAUAAAACAUA